CGGGGAGCGCGCGGGAGGCGCGGCCCGGGCGCGCGCGCGCGCGAGGAAGGUGCCCUCGGGAACACGCGCAAGGGCGGGGAUUCGCGCUGCCAAUGAGGCCCCGGUGUGCGCCGCGCGAGGCGGGGGGACGGGCCGGAGGCCAGCCUUGGCUGUGGCAGCUGCGGGAGCGGCGGCAGCCGGGGAGCCGGGGCAGAGGCGGCCGCUGAGCGCCGCGUUGGCCGCGCCCGGAGGCCCGGCCCUGGGGUGGAGGAACUGCGCCCCGGAGCUGGAAACUUUCCCGGCAGAAGCAAAAAAAGAACUGAAGAUGUUAAAGGCCGUGCUGAAGAAGAGCCGAGAGGGCGGAAAGGGAAGCAAGAAGGAAACAGGAGGUGACUUUGGUCCAGAGACUUCCCCGCAAGUCCUGACCCAAGGCCAUGGUGGUGACUUUUCUGUGAGUGGUCUUCCUGUAGCAGAGGACACCUGCAGGGGAGGCUUGGCCAAGGGCGUGUCAAUGUCUCUGCCUUCAUCACCUCUGCUGCCUCGACAGUCUCACUCCGUGCGAUCGAGGCCAAACAAGAAAUCCCCAGGUCCCGUCAGGAAGCCCAAGUAUGUGGAAAGCCCCAGAGUACCUGGAGAUACAGUUAUAAUCCCGUUCAGAGAAGCGUCCAAGGCAACAGAGCCCAGUGAGAAUGAAGCAAAGGCUGAUAAUGAACCGAGCUGUUCACCGGCAGCUCAAGAACUGUUGACGAGGUUGGGAUUUUUACUGGGAGAAGGGAUCCCAAGCGCCACACACAUAACCAUUGAAGAAAAAAAUGAAACCAUGUGCACAGCUCCGAGCCAAGGCAUCAGCCCUUGCUCCACACUCACAAGCAGCUCGGCGUCUCCCAGCACCGAUAGCCCCUGCUCAACCCUGAAUAGCUGUGUCAGCAAGACGGCAGCCAAGCAAAGUCCCUGUGAGACCAUUAGCAGCCCUAGUUCCACCCUGGAAAGCAAGGACAGUGGAAUUAUAGCCACAAUUACAAGUUCAUCCGAAAAUGAUGACCGGAGUGGCUCCAGUUUGGAAUGGAAUAAGGACGGAAGCCUAAGGUUAGGGGUACAGAAGGGAGUGCUUCAUGACCGCAGGGCAGAUAAUUGCUCCCCAGUGGCAGAAGAGGAGCCCGCUGGGUCAGCGGAGAGCAUGCUGCCCAAAGCUGAAGCCUCAGCUGGAGACGGUCCUGUCCCUUAUUCUCAGAGCUCCAGCUCACUAAUAAUGCCACGGCCCAACUCAGUUGCAGCGACAAGCUCAACCAAAUUGGAAGAUCUGAGUUAUUUAGAUGGGCAGAGAAAUGCUCCUCUUCGAACAUCAAUUAGAUUACCGUGGCACAAUACAGCCGGAGGUAGGGCACAGGAAGUUAAAGCACGAUUCGCUCCCUACAAGCCUCAAGACAUUUUGUUGAAACCGCUGUUGUUUGAAGUACCAAGCGUAACAACUGAUUCUGUGUUUGUGGGACGGGAUUGGCUCUUCCACCAGAUAGAAGAAAACUUGAGAAACACAGAAUUGACAGAAAACAGAGGAGCGGUGGUGGUUGGAAACGUGGGCUUUGGGAAGACGGCCAUCAUCUCCAAGCUGGUGGCACUCAGCUGCCACGGAAGCCGCAUGAGGCAGAUCGCUUCCAACAGCCCAAGUCCAUCACCUAAAACUUCAGAUUCCUCCCAGGAUCUUUCCUUCACUCCACUGCUUUCACCAAGUCCUUCUACAAGUGGUACCAAUAUGGCUAAAACACCCGCUGGGUGUGGGUCUGAUGCUCCCGAGAACCAGAGACCAAGAGAGGAUGCAGUGAAAUACCUCGCUUCUAAGGUCGUGGCCUACCACUACUGCCAAGCCGACAACACCUACACGUGCCUGGUGCCCGAGUUUGUGCACAGCGUCGCAGCUCUGCUCUGCCGCUCCCAUCAGCUGGCCGCCUACAGAGACCUGCUGAUAAAGGAGCCCCAGCUGCAGGGCAUGCUGAGCCUCAGGUCCUGCGUGCAGGACCCGGUAGCUGCCUUCAAGAGGGGAGUGCUGGAACCGCUCACCAACCUGCGAAACGAGCAGAAAAUUCCUGAAGAAGAAUACAUUAUUUUGAUAGAUGGCUUAAAUGAAGCUGAGUUCCAUAAACCUGACUAUGGAGAUACGCUUUCUUCAUUUAUUACCAGAAUUAUUUCUAAAUUUCCUGCCUGGUUGAAGUUGAUUGUGACUGUAAGAGCAAAUUUUCAGGAAAUCAUAAGCACGCUGCCAUUUGUCAAGCUCUCCUUGGAUGACUUCCCAGACAACAAAGACAUUCACAGCGACCUGCAUGCCUACGUCCAGCACAGGGUCCGCAGCAGCCAGGACAUCCUCAGCAACAUCUCCCUGAAUGGCAAGGCCGACGCCGCCCUCAUCGGGAAAGUGAGCAGCCACCUGGUGCUGCGGAGCCUCGGCUCCUACCUGUACCUCAAACUCACCUUGGACCUCUUCCAGAGGGGACACCUGGUCAUCAAAAGUGCCAGCUACAAGGUGGUGCCUGUGUCCCUGUCUGAGCUCUACCUGCUGCAGUGCAACAUGAAGUUCAUGACCCAGUCUGCCUUUGAGAGAGCUCUGCCGAUCUUAAACGUAGCCCUUGCAUCCCUCCACCCCAUGACGGACGAGCAGAUUUUCCAGGCCAUUAAUGCUGGCCACAUACAGGGGGAGCAGGGGUGGGAAGACUUCCAGCAGAGGAUGGACGCCCUCUCCUGCUUCCUCAUUAAGAGGCGCGACAAAACUCGCAUGUUCUGCCACCCGUCCUUCAGGGAGUGGCUUGUCUGGAGAGCAGAUGGUGAAAACACAGCCUUCCUGUGUGAGCCCAGGAACGGGCACGCUCUCCUGGCAUUCAUGUUCUCCCGACAAGAGGGCAAGCUGAACCGCCAGCAGACCAUGGAGCUCGGCCAUCACAUCCUGAAGGCGCACAUUUUCAAGGGCCUCAGUAAGAAGACAGGAAUCUCUUCGAGCCAUCUCCAAGCGCUGUGGAUCGGGUACAGCACUGAGGGGCUGUCUGCUGCCCUCGCCUCUCUGAGGAACCUCUACACUCCCAACGUGAAGGUGAGCCGCCUCCUGAUUUUGGGAGGGGCCAACGUGAACUACAGGACGGAAGUGUUAAAUAACGCCCCAAUCCUGUGCAUCCAGUCUCACCUCGGCCACGAGGAAGUGGUCACUCUGCUCCUGGAAUUUGGAGCCUGCCUGGAUGGAAUGUCGGAGAAUGGCAUGACUGCCCUCUGCUAUGCGGCUGCUGCUGGCCACAUGAAGCUGGUGUGUCUACUGGCCAAGAAGGGGGCGAGGGUGGACCACUUGGAUAAGAAAGGCCAGUGCGCGCUGGUCCACAGCGCACUGAGGGGCCACGGCGACAUUCUCCGGUACCUGCUGGCCUGUGAGUGGUCAGCGGGGCCUGUGCAGCCAGGCGCCCUGCGGAAGAGCCACGCCCUGCAGCAGGCACUCACGGCAGCCGCCAGCAUGGGCCAUGGCCUGGUGGUCCAGUGCUUGCUGGGACUGGGAAAGGAGCAUGACAUGGACAUCGAUGGCACCGACACGCUGUGGGGAGAAACAGCCCUGACCGCGGCUGCCGGACGAGGCAAGCUGGAGGUCUGCGAGCUGCUGCUGGCGCACGGAGCUGCUGUGUCUCGGACUAACAGGAGAGGCGUCCCGCCGCUGUUUUGUGCAGCACGCCAGGGACAUUGGCCGGUCAUUCGGCUGCUGUUGGGCCACGGCUGUGACGUGAACCUGAGUGACAAGCAGGGCCGGACGCCCCUCAUGGUGGCCGCUUGCGAAGGGCACUUGAGCACUGUGGAGUUCCUCCUUUCUGAAGGUGCCACGCUUUCUUCCCUGGACAAAGAGGGUCUGUCGGCGUUAAGCUGGGCUUGUCUGAAAGGUCACAGGGCAGUGGUCCAGUUUCUGGUUGAGGAAGGAGCCGAAAUAGAUCAGAUGGACAAGAACGGCCGCACUCCCUUGGACCUGGCCGCCUUCUACGGUGACUCGGAGACGGUGCUGUACCUGGUUGAGAAGGGGGCCGUGAUUGAGCACGUGGACCACAGCGGUAUGCGUCCCUUGGACAGAGCCAUUGGCUGUCGUAACACAUCUGUAGUGGUUACCCUGCUGAGGAAAGGAGCAAAACUGGGAAAUGCUGCUUGGGCGAUGGCUACUUCCAAACCUGAUAUUCUGAUUAUACUUUUACAGAAAUUGAUGGAGGAAGGAAAUGUGAUGUACAAAAAAGGGAAAAUGAAAGAAGCAACCCAGAGGUACCAAUAUGCCUUACGGAAGUUUCCUCGAGAAGGAUUUGGAGAGGACAUGAGACUGUUCAAUGAACUACGAGUUUCUCUCUAUCUCAAUUUGUCUCGCUGCCGAAGAAAGACAAAUGACUUUGGCAUGGCAGAAGAAUUUGCUUCCAAGGCUCUUGAAUUGAAGCCCAAGUCCUAUGAAGCCUUUUAUGCCAGAGCAAGAGCGAAGAGAAAUAGCAGGCAGUUUGUGGCAGCCCUGGCUGACCUGAGGGAAGCUGUGAAGCUCUGUCCCACCAAUCAGGAAAUCAAGAGGCUCUUAGCCCGUGUAGAAGAGGAAUGCAAGCAGCUCCAGAGGAGCCAGCAGCCUAAACAGCAGUGCCCACCCCCAGCCCCAGCCAAUGAUUCAGAUGAUGAGGAGGACGCCCCAGCCCCAGGAGCAGACGACCACCUUCAUCUCAAGGAGGCCGAAGAAGAAACUUCUCCCCAGGAAGGAUCCAUCUCCCUGACUCCCAAGUGCCAGCCAUCUUCAUCUUUCCCCUCCCCAUAUAUCCGAAACCUUCAAGAAGGGUUACAAUCCAAAAUAAGGCCAGUAUCACCACAGAAUAGGCCAGGAACCAGUAAGGCCCCAAGGGAGCCAAUGGCUCAGCCAGGGUUGGUCAUGCAGCCAAAGCAGGCACAGAUAGUGAAAACCAGCCAACAUUUGGGGUCUGGACAGUCUGGCGUGAGAAACAGUAGCACAAAAGUUCUGGCCUCGUCUCAGAACCUUCCCCCGAGUCCCAUGCCGGGUAGGGUCUCCGCAGCUCCUGCCGGCAGCAGAAACCAGCAUUUAGAGGGCACGGGUCCCUCCGCUGUGGGAGCUGGUUCGGGCCAGGUGGGGGACCAGCUGGGCCCCAGCCACAGCGUGCAGCUGCAGCCCGGUGAGAGUGGCGCUGUUCCUUUACCGAGCAAGGUAAGAACCGCGGAGAGGCUUCUGUCUCAUGCCUCUGUGGCUGUGGAUGUAGCUCCUCUCCACCAAGGCGGGCCUGGGAGCUGCAGCGACAUGCGGCACCCAGCUUCUCUCACCAGCUCAAGCUCUUCAGGUUCUCCAUCUAGCAGCAUAAAGAUGUCAAGUUCAACCAGUAGUUUGACUUCAAGCAGCAGUUUUUCAGAUGGCUUCAGGAUCUCAGGACCAGAAGCUCGAAUCAAAGACAAAGCUGUUAACCAGGUUCAGAGCAGCAUGGCUGAGCACCGGCCCCGCAGCACCCCGUUCAUGGGCGUCAUGGAUAAGACGGCAAGGUUCCAGCCGCAGAGCAACCCUCCCAGCCGCGCUCGGCGCUGUCCGGGCCCGGAGGGGCUGCCGACACGCCCGCCGGCAGCUGGCCUGCAGUCCUCGAGCUCUGAGAAGCCCUCUCUCAGACAAGCAGGACAUACCAGCCACGCCAAAGCCGGUGCCGUUUCUACCCUGGGUGUGAGUGUCCACAAUGGGGCACAGGUGAAGGAGCUAGAAGACAAGUGCCAGAUUCCAGUCCACUGUCAAGACAGUAGGGUGACUAAAAGUGCUUCUCAUCUGUAUCAGGAAAGCAUCUCUAAACAGCAGCCUCAUGUCAGUAAUGAAGCCCACAGGAGUCACCUCCCUUCAGCAAAACCAAAGCGAUCAUUCAUCGAGUCCAAUGUGUGAGCCUUCACACAGACCCGUUUGUAAAUUUGGAAAAUAGUGUGUUGGCUACUUGUGGUAAUUAAAUGGUCUUUCAUGAGAAAAAUUACCAUUUAGCCUAUACUUUUUCUCUUUUUUCCUUGGGGGUGAAUCAGAUGCCAUUCAUAUAUGUAAAAUGUGGGAUUGAAUUUGAUAGCUAGAAGUCACCAUAAAUAAAAAUGCUAACCAGAAUUAGUUAUACCUGUUAAGUUAGAAUUUAAGACAGCCAAGAAGACAUUAACUCAUGCUUUUCUCUUACAAAAUUGUUUGGUUUUUAUCACUUUUCUCCUGGCCUUUGCUAUGUGGUAAAAUCAUGUUUCUUAAGAGAAUGCAAAUGUCUAGUGAUAGGUUUAACUUAUGACAUAAAAUCCAGAUGAUGUAUUCUGGAAAGAUGGGAUUGUCAAGUUUCAUUGAGUCAAGUUCCAAUUUUAAUUUACAUAUAUAUGUGUGUGUAUAUAUAUAUAUAGAUAUAUAUAGAUAUAGAUAGAUAGAUAGAUAGAUAGAUAGAUAUAAGGCCCAAGUGAUUUCUAGCAGAAUUUGUGUGACUAAUGUUACAUAGCUGAUUUUUUUUUUAAGCAAAAUUCAGGAACAUCCAAGUAUUGUUUCCUUCAUAGCAAUUUCCUUAAGAGCAUUAAACAUAUAUUUCCAUGUUACAGUUCUUACUAAAAAUGGUUUUAUAGCACCUUUUUUGGAACUAUAUUCCUGCUGUAAGGUGUUUUUAGUAUUUAGAAACAGUGUAAGUCAUUUGGAAUCAUGAUUGCUGGUCAAAUUGGAUUUGGGCUAAAAUACUAAGAAUACAGCAUCCUUGGCAACAUGUAAAUUAGCUCUCAAAACUGCUUCUAACAAUGACAGCACUCCUGGAACAAGCCUUUCAAGGGCCUUUAAGGGCAGUAUUUAAUUUAGACACUUAAGAUAUGGCUGGUUAUUGCCUUUAUUACACAAUCAUUACUUCAUAGUCACAUAUUGUACAUAUUAAACAGCCAAAUUGUAUUCAAAUUUGUAAAUAAGUCAGGUAGUUAAGCUUAAAAAAAUAAAGUCAUAUAUUAGCAUGUCCCUUGUAAGCUUCAUCGCUGCUGGUUAUUGCACUGAUGGUGUGUCAUACGGCAUGUCAGCAGUGUACCAGCAACAGCACUUUAUCUCAUUUAUACAAACACCUCUGAGGUGCUACUUUAGUCCAAACUGAUGUAUUAUUCAUUUGUAAAGAUAAGGUACAGGAAUGAGUCUUGGUUUAAAGGUAUUUUUAUAUGAAAAUGGUGUGCUUUUGGGAGGAUGUUAAAAUGUUAGUUUGAGAGGUCAGAGUGUGUUUUAUAUGUGGGGAUGUGGAAUUUAUUUUCUAGAAUGGGGGGAAGUUAUUUGCAGAAUGUUUUAAAAACUGAGUAGUUACAGUGAAGUUCCUGUGAGCAUCAUUAUGGUUUUGUACAAAUAGGAAUCUUCUGGUGUCUUCAACCUUUGUUCCGGAGUGUGCACAGUGUACUUGCAUAGCUUUAUCAUGUUUUAUAGGCUUUCCAUGAGUUCUGCUGUUACUAUGGCUUAUUUAUUGUUUGUUUCCUUAAUAUUUGUGAACGUCUUACUCUUGUUAUGUAGUUUUAUUUCUGCACAACUACUGUACUUUUCCAUAUGGAAUAAAGACUAUUAAUAGAAUUUGUUUUGCAUUAAAUGAGACAAUGUAGAA